GCUUCGCGUGUUUUCAUUUUUCGACGACGGUCGACGAUCAGUCUCUCCAAAAGACAAGAAACAACAGGUUCAGGAAGCGAAAGACGAAGAAGGCCAUUCCGACCAAGCGUCGUCAUUGUGAACGCUUUUCAUUUUUUUAAUUUCUCCAUUGUGUUUUUUCCAAGCCUAUUACUUUUAUUGUGUUUUAAAAUAUAUUAUUUUAGCUGCUUGCUUAGAAUUUAUUCAUUGAAAUUUACCGGAAAAAAACUAAGAAGGACAAGCGUCAGAAGCUGUCUGGUCGUUCAUCAUCGAAUAGUAUUGAUCAAUUAUUUUUCCCAAAAUCUGGUGCUGGUAGUACUUAUCUGUCUGGAUAAGAACUGAUUAAAGAUGUCCAACGACUCAUAUGAUGACAUUGAAGAGGAAUUGAGCAGCUGGGGUUAUUCAAGAUCCUUUUCUGAUUACGAGCGGUCACUUGUUGAUGUUGAAGAAUCACCAGGAAUGCUAAAAAUAAGUAUGCCACGUGGUCGUGGCAUUACCGAUGACAACUACAUAAAUAAUGUAAAACUGGCCUCUGAAAUUAAUGGAAUCAAAGAUUAUGUUAUUCCUUUGGGUCAUCUGCCAACUACCAGAGAAGUGUUAAAUGAGGAAAACGUGAAUGAAAUCACGCCUCUUUUAAGACAGCUGGGAAUCAGCGGUCACGAUGGAGCUAUUAGCAGUAAGAAUACGAGAGCCAUUUCAACAAUCAAGAAAGAUAUUCGUGUAGAGGGCAAUUUGCCAAUAAUUUUGAACAGCGAUUUGUUUGCGAUGAUCAAUGAAGACGAUGUCAAAGGCAGUUCUGAAUCGGACGAAGAACCAUAUGACCCUGAACGUCCACUGCAUGAACAAUUCUCCACAAUCAAAGAAUUCGUGAUCAAUCAUGAAAAAAUGCCAUCGAAGGACAGUUCCUGCUCAAGCGCAUCGCAUAAUACUCGUUCUUCCAUUUCGAUCACUUUAUCAUCGUACUCAACGCCAGCCAUCGACGGAAGCUCUUCCUGUUCAAGCAACCUAUCAACGACAACCUUCAGCGUCAGCGAGCAAGAUUCGAAUGACGAAAUUUUCGAACCACUAAUAAAAUUAAAGGAACAACUCUACACGCCACGACAGUUGUACGAGUACAAGCGAAAAAUAUCUCUCCAAAAAGGUAAGGAAAGUAGACUUCAAAUAUUUUGAUUAGUAGGUGAUGGAAGUUCGGUAGUGGUAGGCACAGACAGUGAUUCCAGCGUGACAUGUACAAAGUCAUCUAUCAAAACGCAUAUAGAAAAAAUGUAUUCGUGGUACAGGAAUCACAGUAGAGUCAGGUGUCAGUCCAAACUACGCAUAAGUAGGUAUUCAACAAGCCUGGUGUGAGAAAAGCAAGCAGAAUCAGAGCAGUACAUUAGGUUGUUCCUAGUGAACAAAAAAUAUGUAAAGGUAGCGACAUUACGCCACUUGUAUUUAUGUGUACAUGUUAUGUACAUUUAGAAAAACUUAUUUUAAUGGGCGAAAUGUAUCAAAGCCAAUAUAAAACAGAAUUAUUUUAUUUAAAACAAAUGAUUAGGUAGUUCAAUAGAUUAACAAAACAUGUUGAAUUAAAAGAUUUUUGAGAUA